AUGCUCAAGGGCCAUGCUGACCCUGACAAGCAAAUCACCAUCUCUUUGAUUACCGGAAUGGCACCUAACGGUGGAGGCAGUGUCCCUCACGUUGCCGUCUGGGACCGAGAGGGUAACCGCGUGGGGCAGUACAAGGGCGACGAAGAUGGCCACAUCGAUGAUGCCUCAACCAAGACCAUCAUCAUCUCCCCAACCCAGAAUGGCGGCCAUAUGGCACGCCCUGAGUACCUCCUCAUCGUCAUGCAGGAGACCGAUGCAAUUUGCCUGUCCGGAGUCAUCGCCAUGGGCAAUUCUGCCCAGUGGACCUGGACCGGGGAUUUGGGCUACACCUGCGGCGCGCAGUGGUACCCCAGCAAGCAGUCCCUGGGCACAUCCAACGCGCCCGUCAAGUGCGUCUGGAUUGACAAAAACCAUACAAAUGGCAUCGUGGCUAAGGGACUGAGUCUGCACAUGCCCGACUUCUCCGGCGACGAGGGACUCGUCAAUCAGUACAAGCAGGACCAGCGCCGGCUGUGCCAGAACACCGCACGGAUGACCUUCCAGCCUGAACCCGUCCUCCCUGACUCACUCAUCAAAUUCUUCGACCCCCCAAUCGAGUACGAUGCCCAGGGGACGCCCAAGAACCCCAACCAGGGCAUCGACCGGAAAACACGGGCGUAUCCCGACGGAACAAACAUGCACAUUCAUGAUACCCGACGCAGCGUCCGGGUGCAUCCCAGGGACAUGCCCAGCAACAACAGUACGGCUGUCAAUGUCCAGGGCGUGAAGAACAAUAUGCCGAACCUACUAAUUGUGAGCAGCAUCAACGGCCACAGCGCCAAGGAGGUCUGCCAGGAUCCAAACUCGCUGGGCCCAGACUUUGUCCAUACCGGGGAGAAACUCUUUUGCGACAUGGAGACUGCGAAGAUGUGGCCUCUGUGCGAGGGAAACGUCACGGAAGGUUGCUUCGAUCUGGAAACGAAGACCAUGGAGAAUUUUGCUCCGGGGAGCUUUGCUGCGCGAAGUGUGGGUGGAUACCAUAAUUUUCCAGUGAAGAGCUACCAGGGCUUUGAGGAGUGGAAGUGA